AUGGGUUAUAUACCACCACCAAACGAUAAAGAUGAAGCAAACAAAAAGAACCAAGAUAAUUCCAACAACAGCAAUACCAGUUCCUCCUCCUCAUCAUCAUCUUCUUCUUCUACACCGGGAUCAACGACAAUUAUAAUUCCCAAUCCCGCCACUUUAAUACCCCAUAAUCCUAAAAUUGGAUUAAUUUGGGGUCCAUUAACACCAGCAUCAGAUAAUUUACCAGCAUUAUAUUCAAUGAUUGGAUUACAAUUUAUUUUAGGUUGUGGAUUUUUCAAACAUGCACGUACAUUAUCAAGACUUCGACCAAUGGGAGGAUUUCAAUUACCAAAUUCCCCACCAAAAUUAGUACGUACUGGAUCAAUAAGUAGAAUAUUACUAAGUGUAAUAACUGGACUGAUAUUAUCAUUUGGAAGUGGUUUAGAAUUAUGUAGAAUUACAUUACCUUAUGAUCCAUGGUUUGAAGAAUCUCAACAUUAUAGAAGAAUGGCUAUUAAAAAUGGUGAUAAACCAAGUUUAUGGUUUGGUGCUUAUCAAUAUUAUAAGCCAAUGGAUUUUAAAACUUGGAUUAAUAAAGUUGAAGAUUGGAUUAAAAAUGUUGAAAAAGAAAUUGAAAUUGAAGAUUCAAAUAAUUUUGCUAAUUUAUCUGUUGAAUUAGGUAAAAAUAUUAAUGUAUUAAAUACUACUGGGAUCAACACCACUGGUACAAAUCAAAUUCAAACAGGAGGUGUAUUACAUAAAUUAAAUAAUAAAGGGAAGUAUUUGGAAAUUUAUCAUAGACUAAGGGAUAAUAAUAAAACAAGAUGGAAUGAAUUAUUACAAGGAGAUUUGAAAGAUGUCGAUGAAUUAAAUAAAGCACAAAGAUUAGAUGAUAUAAUGGAAGGUAAAACAAAUUUAAUUAAUCCAAAUUUUAAUAAAUCUUCAAUUAUUUUAGGUAAUCAUAGAAUGGAUGAUGAUGAUCAAUUUGAAAUGGUAUGGUUAAAUUUUGAACCUUGGGAUGAAUUAAAACUUGAUACAGAAUAUGAUAUUCGUCUCAUUCCAAGCACUGCAACAGAGAUUGUUGCUGAAGAAGAUCAAGAUGAUGAUGUUAAUUCUCAAUUAUCAUCACAAGAUAAUCAUCAAGUUGUAUGA